AUGAAAGCCUGGGAUAACUACUGGAACUAUACGCUCACCGAAACAGCCUGGGAUAACUACUGGAACUAUACGCUCACCGAAACAGGUGUGCCGCAAUUCAUAAUGCGUUUCAUUGGCCAAUACCUGUGCACAGCGCCUGUCAUCGGACCAAUUAUUGCGGAUUUUUUAGAUGCGAGUAACGGUUACGACCCGUACACCGACGACCCGUAUGCUGUGCCACUAUUGAUGGCCAAAGGGAUGCAAUUUGUGUCCUCAAAAAUAUACCUACAAUUUGGUCAAUUCAUAUUAGACGCACGGUUUCAUCAAUUUGAUUACGGGCUCAAAGGCAAUGUAGCCCAUUAUGGGCAGUCACGGGCACCCGAUUACCCGCUACAACAGAUUCAGUCACAGAAUAUGGCCUUUUAUAAGGGAAAUAACGAUCUAUUAGGUGAUGAAACAGAUAUCGCGAUAUUAGUCUCUAAAUUACAAGUGAAUCUGUUGGCGGAUCUGUUGGUUCCGUACACCGACUAUAAUCACGUGGACUUUGGAAUACAAAAACAUAAUAACAUUUAUCUCAAUGGCUAUGCGUUUGAUCCACAAUCGAUUAAAAGCCGAGGCUUUAAGUACCAGAAAUAUAAGGUAACCACCGAUGAUGGCUAUAAUUUGGGUAUUUUUCGUAUAGUUAACCCCUAUUGGAGGGGCGAAACUAAACCACUACUACUAUGGCAUCAGUUGGCCUUUAGCUCCGAUAUAUGGCUCUUCUCGAGCCCCGGAUAUUUGUCACCCAAUGGCGUCUAUAGUGAACAAAACGGGACUUUAGUUAACAAUUGUGGCAAUAGUUUGACGUCUAAUAUAGCGUUUACAUUGUCUUCAUGUGGUUAUGACGUCUGGUUAGGCAAUACUCGGGGCAAUCGUUACUCUAAUACACAUCAAAAUCCCACCUGGGAUAAGCUCUGGAACUAUACGUUCACUGAAACGGCGUCAAUUGCAUAUAUCGGUCACUCAAUGGGCACCACAUCUAUGUUAACGUUACUAUCGCUGAUACCGGACUUUGAACGGCACAUCCGGCCCAUCAUCUUAUUGGCACCGAUCGCACACCUAAGCAACACGGGGUCCAUUGUGCGACUGUUCACACCAUUGGUGAGCAUACUGCACCGAUUAGUUGCACCGUUAGGUCUGCCCCAAACACUUAUGCGUUACAUUGGCCAAUACCUGUGCACACAGCCUGUAAUUGGAUCCGUUUGCGCCGCCAUUGUCUACGAGUUUGUCGGCUACGACUCGUACGCCGACGAUCCGGAUCUAAUGCCGACAUUAGUGGCCAAAGCGCUGGACAACGUGUCCUCAAAAAUAUACUUACAAUACGGUCAGUUCAUUCUUGACGGACGUUUCCACGAGUUUGAUUACGGCCCGGAAGAUAAUAUCGGCCACUACGGGCAACCCAUGGCACCCGAUUACCCGGUGGACAAAAUACGGUCCAAGAAUAUGGCCUUUUAUGUGGGAAACGCUGACCUCUUGGGCGAUAUAACUGAUGUCCAAAAAUUGGUGUCCAGACUAAGAGUAAAACUCUUAGAGGACCUAUUGGUUCCGUACGCCGACUGGAAUCACAUAGACUUCGCGGUCAACAAACACACCAACCGUUACCUCAACGGCCGUGUCGUCGGUGUCUUGGAUUACGUGAACGCCAUCGACAGCUAUAGCACUGUUUUGGGCAAUAUUUUCAAUACAAUCAACGAAAAUACAGACAACACUCGAUAUGGACUAUAA